AUGUUGCCAUUUGUGUGGCUGGCAAUCGCCUCUUUGGUCGGGGUCUACUCCUUUAACUACUACCGCUGCUUCACCCGCAACCUCGCCGCAGCCAAACGAUCGGGUCUGCCCUAUGUCGUAGCACCAGUCUAUACAUUCAAUUCAUUCUGGCUCGUGACACACAGGCUCUGGUUGCCGUUACUCGCAAAACUCCCCACAACCUGGACAGAUUCAUGGUUACAGAUUGAGUUAACCGAUUUGCAGGNNUUCCUGGAUCCCGAAUGGACCUGGUUGAAAAGACAUGAGCCAUUCAAAGCCCUUGGAAGUGACAUCUUUAUUGUGUGCUCUCCCGGCAGGAACUCCGUGUUCGUUGCCGAUCCUGAGGCGAUGGUACAGAUUACUACUCGACGCAACGACUUCCCCAAGCCAAUUGAAAUGUAUGGCUCUGUGGACUUGUUUGGCAAGAAUGUGGUUAGUACAGAAGGCUCGAUAUGGCGUCACCAUCGCAAGAUUACAUCCNCUCCAUUCACCGAGAAGAACAAUCAUCUUGUGUGGCAGGAGAGUCUGCACCAGGCUCAAGGUUUGGUAGCUUCGUUCCUGGACAAAGAUUCUGAAAAGGAUAUCGCUGCUGCUACUAUGCGGCUGAGUCUGCAUGUCAUCAGUUUGGCUGGUUUCGGCAGACGUCUGUUAUGGCCUCAUGAAGAGCUCAAGGAGAAUGGAACAGUUGGUGUCGUACCUGAAGGUCACACCAUGACUUACAAGGAUGCCCUGAGCACAUUGUUGCAUAAUAUCAUUGCUGUGAUGCUACUUCCGAGAUGGUUCCUUGGUAAGCUCACAAUUCGCUGUGUCGGCAGUGCGAAGACUAACGGUAGUACGCAGCAAAUUNCACCAAUCAAGCAGAAUAAGAUUGCGUACAAAUCAUUUAUCGAGUGGGGCCAGUACAUGCGAGAAAUGUAUCAGGACAAGAAGGCAGAAGUUAGAGCAGGCGAAAAGCGUGAGGGUAUGGAUCUCAUGGGAGCUCUUGUGAGCGGAGCGGGUAUCAAGGCAAACCAAGACCCAGAAAAGGCCGACGCACAACUGCUUACCGACAGCGAGAUCCUCGGCAAUGCCUUCGUCUUCAUCUUGGCCGGUCACGAGACAACAGCGAAUACUCUUCACUUCGCGAUGUUGUACCUGGCUAUGAAUUGGUCUACUCAGGAGAUGCUUCAGAAGGACCUGGACGGCAUCUUCGGCGACCGAACCAUUGAUCAAUGGGACUAUGAACAAGACAUGCCGAAGUUGUUUGGCGGCAUGUGCGCCGCCGUCAUGAACGAAGAGCUCCGUCUGAUUCCACCUGUCGUCGGCAUUCCCAAGUGCACACUCAAAGGCUCACCACAACCACUAACUAUUUCUGGUCGUCGCGUGAUCAUUCCUGAGCGUAGCUCAAUAUCACUCAUUACUGUUGCAUCCCACCGCAACCCCAAGUACUGGCCGACCCUCUGCGGUCCAGACGCUUCAGAAGCCGAGAUAGAGAAAGAUUUGGCAUCCUGGAAACCCCAACGGUGGAUCGUGGACCCUUCCAAGAAGUCAACCCCGGCUGCAGUAAAACAACAGCAUACACAACAAUACUCUGAUUCCGAAGACGACAUUGGCGGUCCGCAGUCAGCAGACACAUCGUCUCAUCUCUUGAACCCAGAAAAGGGUGCUUUUAUCCCUUUCUCAGAGGGUUAUCGCGCCUGUCUAGGGCGCCGUUUUGCUCAAAUCGAAGUUCUCGCUGUGCUAGCCGCCAUUUUCCGCGAGUACAGCGUAGAGCUAGAUUUGGACAAAUACGCGAGCGAAGAGGAGAUUGCAGCUAUGGAUGACACGCUGAAGAGACAGACGUGGGAUAAGGCUAAAGAUACUGCAGAGGGCUUGCUCAGGCAUGGCAUGAUGACGAUUAUCACGAUUCAGAUGCGCGCAGGAAAGGUGCCUAUCAAAUUCGUCAAGAGAGGUAGCGAGAAGUACAAGUACAACUGA